AUGAAAUGUUUUCUUGCUCUUUUAUUUGUUGUCAUAGCAUAAGCUGGGAAUUGUGGACAAACUUGUUAUUAAGAUUUGCCAACGAAACCUCCAAUGACAUUCUAUAAGUUUAUAAGCACUGGGAGAUUCUUCGGAGGCAAUGGCGAUUCAUCGAAUAGUACUUUUGGUUAUUCUGGAACUGGAAAAAAAUGCUCCCACAGCCUAAUGAAGAAAGAACUAAGGACCUGUUCCUGCAAAUACUUAAGCAAUAAAAAAAUGCUAAAAUACAAUGCAUAAUCCUCUAGUGGACGGGCUUGUUCAUUUUAGAUAAACAGCAAGGACAAAGACAAAAUGUGUGGAAGAACAGAAGUUGUGAUCCAUGGAUGUGCUGGUUGUACACCUAGUGAUUGGAAUGGAAUGUACCAUCUAUUGAUGGCUGUUCUGCCUACAGGGUGA